GAAAGAUUCAAUUGUGCCAAAUUCGGAUGACCAUAGAGGACUCCAUAAGGUUUUGAAAGCAAUAUAUAGAUCCAAGAAGUAUAUGGACCACGCUCAGAGUUUCCUACUUAAUGCAGAUAGUCAAAUGCUUCUAACAGAUGAAACUUCCAUUCUGAAUCGAUGA